AUGGGGGGGACGGGCGACCAGCCGAGCAGUCGCGAAGAAGCGCAGGCCGCUGCGUCGGGUCCUUCCAACGACGGCGUUCGUUCGGAAUCGAUUCCUGAUCGGCCUCGUCGCUCAGCUGCGACUGCGGCAGGUGCGGCAAUUUCUCGCCUCUUUGCCCCCGCCCCUCCAGGGUCGCGGCGGGGGCGUGACGGUCUGUUCCACAUCACGCGACGUCGUGCGCCGAGACAAGCGUCUUCGACCGGUGGCCGGUCGACAGUCCGGCUCAGUCGAGAAGGUAGCUCCGCCAGGGGAACAAGGACAGAGUCGCGAAGUGGGCGAAAACGACGCGGGUCGGCGUCUGCGCGUGUCGGGGGCUCACGCGAGGGGUCCGGCGCAGGCUCGGAGACAGGAAAGCGUUCGAGAACUGGGACAGAAGCGACGUCCACCGCCUCCAGAGGACUCCGCGGAGUGGAGUCGGAUCCUCACGGGCCAGCGCAAGAGAGCUCCCCGGCGGCAGGCGUCAGUUCUGCUCCGCGGCCAUUGCAGCCCGUUCACAGCGCCGAGCCGCCGCCAGAACGGAGCGAGGAACUCUCUGCUGCGGGCCUGCCGCGCAGCUCUUCAAGACAGGCACAGCCUGCAGGGCCAGGAGGCAGAGUGAGUCAGCUAGGAGCUGCACUGACUGGAAUCGCAAAGGCACUUCGAGGGCUCGAGAACCCCAGCGCGCCGGCGCCCGGAAGCACGGGGAGCAAACCUCCGGGUUGUUGGGGCUUUUUCUGUAUGGGCUGGGGGCAGCCUCCCGCGGGCUUUUCACUUCCGAUGGCCCAGUCGCCUGGAUGUGCCGGUGUCCCGCCUGCCUACACGCCAGUGGACGUUUCCGGCGGAGCGUCCGGGAGCCCCGACCCGAUGGUCCUUUCGGCGGAAUUCGUGCCAGGAACGCCCGCCGGAACUGUAGCUGUCCUGCCGCCGGCUGUGCGAGCAGCCGUUCCCGCGCCGUCAGUGUCCGUGGCGCCGGUUCCAGGAGCGCCCGUGCCGCUCUCGUUGGUGGCAUCCGUGCCUGCGCCGUCGAUUCCGUGCGCCACGAUGGCGUCCCCUGCGGCGUGUGCACCUUCGCGAGCCAGAGCAGUUUCAUCAGACAGACCGUAUUUGUCUCUGGGUUCAGCCACUCUCCUGGCCGGGACACACCACGCUGCCGGCGUGGAUGCCGGCCGCUGGAAUUCAGGACGCACGCGGGGGGCACCUUCUCCUUCAACUUCGAGCACCAGACACGGGCAAAGAGUGACGUGUGACUGGAGAGACAGGAACACUUUGCCCGCCCCAAAGCUUGUUGAUGAAGAACUUUUAAGAAUCGUGUAG